AAUUGCGGAAUGCCCACUCGACUCAGCGCGGUGGCCAUAGAAGUCGCGCGCCCUCUGCGUUUGGUAACACUUACGUUGCGUCUUGUUCGAGAUUACGAAAGAAGCCUGAUAGUCGCUGCUUUGUGAGAAACCAUGGCAGGAGCACCCCCAGGAUUCAUACUGGGGAUGCACCCCAUGGCCUACGCCCAGCCCCAACAGGUCAUGCAACAACAACCGCCGCAGCAGCCGGUCAAACAGGUGCAACAACAGGUACCCAGUUACAUGUCAGAGGAGAAGCUCCAAGAAAAGGCUCGCAAGUGGCAGCAGCUCCAAUCUAAACGUUAUGCUGAGAAGCGCAAGUUUGGUUUCGUGGAUGCUCAGAAGGAGGACAUGCCACCGGAACAUGUGAGGAAAAUCAUUCGUGAUCAUGGUGACAUGACCAACAGAAAGUUCCGUCAUGACAAAAGAGUCUAUCUCGGAGCCCUGAAAUACAUGCCCCAUGCUGUACUGAAACUGAUGGAGAACAUGCCCAUGCCGUGGGAGCAGAUCCGAGAUGUUUCCGUCCUUUACCAUAUCACUGGGGCUAUCUCAUUCGUCAACGAAGUCCCCAGGGUGAUUGAGCCAUGCUACAUAGCACAAUGGGGUUCCAUGUGGAUCAUGAUGAGGAGGGAGAAGCGUGAUCGACGUCACUUCAAGAGGAUGCGUUUCCCGCCAUUCGACGAUGAAGAACCUCCCUUGGACUAUGCUGACAACGUUCUUGAUGUGGAACCCCUGGAACCCAUCCAAAUGGACCUGGACCCAGAAGAAGACUCUCCGGUCUAUGAGUGGUUCUAUGAUCACAAGCCCCUUAUUGACUCCAAGAUGGUCAACGGCACCAGCUACAAGUCAUGGAAUCUGACCUUGCCUGUCAUGUCGACCCUCUACCGUCUCGCCAACCAACUCCUCACUGAUCUGGUAGAUGACAAUUACUUCUAUCUGUUUGAUCUCAAGUCCUUCUUCACUUCCAAGGCUCUCAAUAUGGCCAUCCCUGGUGGACCCAAGUUUGAACCUCUGGUCAGGGAUGCAAACCUUCAGGAUGAGGAUUGGAACGAGUUCAAUGAUGUCAACAAGAUCAUCAUCCGGCAGCAGAUCAGGACCGAAUACAAGAUUGCCUUCCCUUACCUCUACAACAAUCUACCCUACUAUGUUCAUCUGACAUGGUACCAUACACCAACAGUUGUCUUCAUCAAGACAGAAGAUCCUGAUCUACCUGCCUUCUACUUUGAUCCUCUCAUCAACCCUAUUUCCCACAGACAUGCUGUCAAGAACGCAGAGCCUCUUCCAGACGAUGACGAGGAGUUUGAGCUGCCAGACUACGUCCAGCCAUUCCUACAGGAGCGGCCCCUGUACACAGACAAUACAGCCAAUGGCAUUGCCUUACUGUGGGCCCCACGACCUUUCAACCUGAGGUCAGGCAGACACAGGAGAGCCAUGGACAUCCCCCUUGUCAAGACAUGGUAUCGUGAGCAUUGUCCCAGCGGUCAGCCCGUCAAGGUGCGUGUCUCAUACCAGAAGCUCCUCAAGAUCUAUGUCCUCAAUGCUCUCAAGCACAAACCACCAAAGUCACAGAAAAAGAGGUACCUGUUCCGAUCGUUCAAAGCCACCAAGUUCUUCCAGUCGACGAGCCUUGACUGGGUAGAGGUUGGUCUUCAGGUGUGUCGUCAGGGGUACAACAUGCUCAAUCUCCUCAUCCAUAGAAAGAACCUCAACUACCUUCAUCUUGACUACAACUUCAACCUGAAGCCUGUCAAAACACUCACAACCAAGGAACGUAAGAAGUCUCGUUUUGGAAAUGCUUUCCAUCUCUGUCGUGAGAUCUUACGUCUAACUAAACUCGUUGUAGACAGUCACGUGCAGUACAGACUGGGCAACGUCGAUGCUUUCCAGUUGGCGGAUGGAAUUCAGUACAUCUUUGCUCAUGUUGGUCAGCUUACUGGGAUGUACCGCUACAAGUAUAAGCUGAUGAGACAGAUCAGGAUGUGUAAAGAUCUCAAACAUGUCAUCUACUACAGAUUCAAUACAGGACCAGUAGGUAAAGGGCCAGGAUGCGGUAUCUGGGCGGCUGGCUGGCGUGUCUGGGUAUUCUUCAUGCGCGGGGUCACCCCUCUGCUGGAGCGCUGGUUAGGCAACCUCCUCUCCAGGCAGUUUGAAGGACGUCAUUCCAAGGGCGUCACCAAGACCGUCACCAAGCAGAGGGUGGAGAGUCACUACGAUCUGGAGCUUCGCGCAUCAGUGAUGCAUGACAUCAUUGAUAUGAUGCCUGAAGGUAUAAAGCAGAACAAAGCAAGGACUAUCCUGCAACAUCUGAGUGAAGCAUGGAGAUGCUGGAAGGCUAAUAUCCCUUGGAAGGUACCAGGCCUUCCCACCCCCAUUGAGAACAUGAUCCUGAGGUUUGUGAAGUCCAAGGCAGACUGGUGGACAAACACGGCUCACUACAACCGCGAGAGAAUCCGACGUGGGGCUACAGUAGAUAAGACCGUGUGCAAGAAGAACUUAGGAAGGCUCACCAGGCUCUAUCUCAAAGCAGAGCAGGAAAGGCAGCAUAACUAUCUGAAGGAUGGUCCAUACAUCACUGCCGAGGAGGCCGUCGCCAUUUACACCACCACUGUCCACUGGCUCGAGAGCCGUCGCUUCUCACCCAUCCCCUUCCCUCCACUCUCCUACAAACAUGACACCAAGCUACUCAUCCUGGCUCUGGAGAGAUUGAAGGAGGCAUACAGUGUGAAAAGUCGUCUGAACCAAUCUCAGAGAGAGGAACUCGGUCUCAUAGAACAGGCCUACGACAACCCUCAUGAAGCCCUCAGUAGAAUCAAGCGUCAUCUGCUCACUCAGCGUGCUUUCAAGGAGGUUGGUAUAGAAUUCAUGGAUCUGUACAGUCAUCUGAUCCCCGUCUACGAUGUAGAACCCUUAGAGAAGAUCACCGAUGCCUACCUUGAUCAGUAUCUUUGGUAUGAAGCUGAUAAGAGACGUCUCUUCCCUCCUUGGAUCAAGCCGGCUGAUACUGAACCUCCUCCACUCCUAGUCUACAAGUGGUGUCAAGGCAUCAACAAUCUACAGGAUGUGUGGGACAUGUCAGAAGGAGAGUGUAACGUGAUGAUGGAAUCCCGCUAUGAGAAGCUCUACGAGAAGAUAGAUCUGACUCUACUCAACAGGUUACUGCGUCUCAUCGUAGAUCACAACAUCGCUGAUUACAUGACAGCCAAGAACAAUGUGGUCAUCAACUACAAGGACAUGAAUCACACCAAUUCCUAUGGUAUCAUCCGAGGGCUCCAGUUUGCAUCCUUCAUUGUACAGUUCUAUGGUCUGGUCCUGGACCUGUUAGCACUCGGUCUACACAGAGCCAGUGAGAUGGCUGGACCACCGCAGAUGCCCAAUGACUUCUUACAAUUCCAGGAUGUUGUGACAGAGACUAACCAUCCCAUCCGGCUGUAUUCACGCUACAUCGAUAAAGUCCAUAUCUUCUUUAGGUUUACGGCAGAAGAAGCACGUGAUCUGAUCCAACGCUACCUGACAGAGCAUCCGGACCCUAACAAUGAAAACAUUGUGGGUUAUAACAACAAGAAAUGCUGGCCAAGGGAUGCAAGGAUGAGACUUAUGAAACAUGAUGUCAAUCUGGGACGUGCUGUCUUCUGGGACAUGAAGAAUCGCCUUCCUCGCUCCAUCACCACCUUCCUAUGGGAGCAGAGCUUUGUCUCUGUCUACAGCAAGGAUAACCCUAACCUGCUCUUCAACAUGAGUGGAUUCGAGUGCCGCAUCCUACCAAAGUGCCGUACCACGAGUGAUGAGUUCACCCACAAGGAUGGCAUCUGGAACCUGCAGAAUGAAGUAACUAAGGAACGCACAGCCCAGUGUUUCCUGCGUGUAGAUGAUGAAUCGUUGCAGAGGUUCCACAACAGAGUCAGACAGAUCCUCAUGGCUUCAGGUUCAACUACAUUCACUAAGAUCGUGAACAAAUGGAACACGGCCCUGAUUGGUCUGAUGACCUACUUCAGAGAGGCCGUGGUCAACACCCAGGAACUCCUGGACCUUCUGGUCAAGUGCGAGAACAAGAUCCAGACCCGUAUCAAGAUCGGUCUGAACUCCAAGAUGCCCAGCAGAUUCCCACCGGUGGUCUUCUACACACCCAAAGAGUUGGGAGGGCUUGGGAUGUUGUCCAUGGGGCACGUCCUCAUUCCUCAGUCGGAUCUCAGGUGGUCCAAGCAGACAGACGUUGGCAUCACUCACUUUAGGUCAGGUAUGAGCCAUGAUGAAGAUCAGCUCAUUCCCAAUCUCUACCGCUACAUCCAACCAUGGGAGAGUGAGUUCAUAGACUCACAGCGAGUGUGGGCUGAGUAUGCGCUCAAAAGACAGGAGGCUAAUGCUCAAAAUAGACGUCUGACCCUUGAAGACUUGGAAGACUCGUGGGAUCGAGGAAUCCCUCGCAUCAAUACCCUCUUCCAGAAGGACAGACACACACUAGCCUAUGACAAGGGCUGGAGAGUUAGGACAGACUUCAAACAGUUCCAGGUCCUGAAGCAGAAUCCAUUCUGGUGGACCCAUCAGCGCCACGAUGGUAAGCUAUGGAACCUGAAUAAUUACAGGACAGACAUGAUCCAGGCUCUAGGAGGGGUAGAAGGUAUUCUUGAGCACACCCUCUUCAAGGGAACCUACUUCCCAACAUGGGAAGGUCUCUUCUGGGAGAAGGCUAGUGGCUUUGAAGAAUCUAUGAAGUACAAGAAGCUGACCAAUGCACAGAGAUCCGGUUUGAACCAGAUCCCUAACAGAAGGUUCACUCUCUGGUGGUCACCUACCAUUAACAGGGCUAAUGUGUAUGUGGGUUUCCAGGUACAGCUUGAUCUGACCGGUAUCUUCAUGCACGGCAAGAUUCCAACCCUCAAGAUCUCACUCAUCCAGAUCUUCAGGGCUCACUUGUGGCAGAAGAUCCAUGAAAGUGUGGUCAUGGAUUUGUGUCAGGUGUUUGAUCAAGAGCUUGAUGCCCUAGAGAUUGAGACUGUCCAGAAGGAAACCAUCCAUCCCAGGAAGUCCUACAAGAUGAACAGCUCCUGCGCUGAUAUCCUUCUCUUUGCUGCUUACAAGUGGAACGUCUCCAGACCCUCCCUCCUAGCUGACACCAAGGAUACCAUGGACAGUACCACGACACAGAAGUACUGGAUCGAUGUCCAACUGAGAUGGGGUGACUAUGAUUCCCAUGAUGUGGAACGUUAUGGUAGAGCAAAGUACCUGGACUACACCACAGACAACAUGAGUAUCUACCCAUCACCCACUGGGCUUCUCAUUGCAAUAGACCUUGCCUAUAAUCUGCAUAGUGCAUUUGGUAACUGGUUCCCGGGAUGCAAGCCUCUGAUCCAGCAAGCCAUGGCCAAGAUCAUGAAGGCAAACCCUGCCCUCUAUGUCCUUCGGGAGAGAAUCCGCAAAGGUCUACAGCUGUACUCCUCAGAACCCACUGAGCCGUACCUGUCCUCCCAGAACUACGGAGAACUCUUCUCCAACCAGAUCAUCUGGUUUGUGGAUGAUACCAAUGUGUACAGAGUCACCAUUCACAAGACUUUUGAGGGUAACUUGACCACCAAGCCCAUCAACGGAGCCAUCUUCAUCUUCAAUCCUAGGACUGGUCAACUCUUCCUGAAGAUCAUCCACACCUCUGUGUGGGCAGGACAGAAACGUCUUGGUCAGCUGGCCAAAUGGAAGACUGCAGAAGAAGUGGCUGCCUUGAUUAGGUCCUUACCCGUUGAGGAACAACCUAAGCAGAUCAUUGUUACCAGAAAAGGCAUGUUGGACCCUCUUGAGGUUCACUUGCUGGAUUUCCCUAACAUCGUCAUCAAGGGCAGUGAGUUGCAGCUUCCCUUCCAGGCUUGUUUGAAGGUUGAGAAGUUUGGAGAUCUGAUCCUCAAGGCUACUGAGCCUCAAAUGGUGCUCUUCAAUCUCUACGAUGAUUGGCUCAAGACCAUCUCCUCUUACACAGCCUUCUCACGUCUGAUUCUGAUCCUGAGAGCACUGCACGUCAACAAUGACCGCACCAAGGUAAUCCUCAAGCCAGACAAGACCACAAUUACUGAACCACAUCAUAUCUGGCCUACACUUACCGAUGAAGAAUGGAUCAAGGUGGAAGUGGCCCUCAAGGACCUCAUCUUGAAUGACUAUGGAAAGAAGAACAAUGUGAACGUAGCCUCCUUGACACAGUCUGAGAUCCGUGAUAUCAUCCUGGGUAUGGAGAUCUCUGCACCAUCCCAGCAACGUCAGCAGAUCGCCGAGAUUGAGAAGCAGACCAAGGAACAAUCUCAGCUUACGGCCACUACAACCAGGACCGUAAAUAAACAUGGUGACGAAAUCAUCACCUCCACCACCAGCAACUACGAAACCUCAACGUUCUCCUCCAAGACGGAAUGGCGUGUGAGGGCCAUCUCGGCCACCAACCUCCAUCUCAGGACCAACCACAUCUACGUGUCAUCGGAUGACAUCAAGGAAACGGGUUAUACCUACAUCCUGCCCAAGAACGUCCUCAAGAAGUUCAUCAUUAUAUCGGACUUGAGAGCCCAGAUUGCGGGCUACCUGUACGGAGUGUCUCCCCAGGACAACCCCCAGGUCAAAGAGAUCCGAUGCAUCGUGAUGGUACCUCAGUGGGGCACCCAUCAGACCGUUCAUCUACCCAACCAGCUUCCUGACCAUGAAUUCCUCAAGGAGAUGGAGCCGCUUGGUUGGAUCCACACCCAACCCAACGAGCUUCCACAGCUCUCGCCCCAAGACGUCACUACCCACGCUAAGAUCAUGGCCGAUAACCCCAUGUGGGAUGGAGAGAAGACGGUCAUCAUCACAUCCAGCUUCACACCAGGUUCAUGCUCCUUGACUGCGUACAAGCUGACUCCGAGUGGUUACGACUGGGGUAGACAGAACACAGACAAGGGCAACAACCCCAAGGGAUACAUGCCAUCCCACUACGAGAGGGUUCAGAUGCUGCUCUCCGACCGGUUCCUGGGCUUCUUCAUGGUCCCGGCUCAAGGCUCCUGGAACUUCAACUUCAUGGGUGUGAGGCACGACCCCAACAUGCGAUUCGACCUCCACCUGGCCAACCCCAAGGAGUUCUACCACGAGGUGCAUCGACCAUCUCACUUCCUCAACUUCAGCUCCCUAGAGGAUGUGGACAACAUGAACAGCGAUAGAGAGGAUCUCUAUAAGUAGAGGAUAUCGGUAUCCCAUUGAGGGAAUACACCAUCAGUGGCCUGUUUCAGAGUCGCAAUCAAACGCAACUUCACAAAUCAACAGCAACUUGAUAUUAAACCAAUCAGAGACAUGUGUUUGUGACUCAGAUAUGAUAUUUUUUUCAGUUGCGGCCCCCAGAGCUGCCAACUUCCUGGUAACUGAAAGAUUUUGGUGCAAAUAAUUAUUGAAUAUUGGGUAUUACCCAGAUUCAUACGAUGAUUGCAUCCUCAGGAGUGUGUGUAGUUGAUAAAUUUUCUCCUGAUUUCUCUGUAAUAUCUCCCUGAAAGGUUGAUAUCAAAGUUGGCAGCAUUGCAUGAUUGCUCUCACUGAAACCUUGCUAAGCAUAACUUUUCAGUGUCGUAGCCAAGGGACAUGUCAUCCCUCCCUCCCUCCCUUUUGUGGAAAACUGCUCAUAUUUUGGCUUCACUCAUCACUUGGCCAAUGAUGUGUGGUCACUUCUUUUGAAAAUGAUGAUACUCUCUCCUGCAUGUCAUCCAAAACUCAAGACGUUGACCCCUACCCCCCUCCCUUGGGUUUUCUUUGAACAAAUGCUGAACUCCCUACUCCAGAUGGCUCUCCAGAGUUCUUCUUGCUGACACUAUUCUUAGUGUAGACAUCAAACAUGAACUAAUGAUGGAAUUGAGUCUGUAAAUAAGCACUUAAUGAGAAUAUUAGUACAUCACCAUGUGUAUUUAUGUAUAUUGCAAAGUGCCAGGGAUAGUACAUUCUUUCUUCGUUAUUGGCAAUGUCACUCAAAUGAUGAUUUUUUUUUUUAAUUGAUAAUAUUUAUAGCACAUUUUUGGAACUUAUUGUAAAAGGUCUAUUUACAGAAUAUGUUUUGUUCUUUUAAAUCUCCUGGGAGGUUCACCUGCUGAAUUUCAAAGAAUGAAAAUGAAAAACAAAAUUUACUGCUCACAGCAAUAUCGAUUAAAAUGUUAAUUGUAGAGAAGAAUACAGGAAUGUCAAUUCUUAAAAACAUGAUAGUCCCAUGGAUACUCACCUUUUGUUGUUGUUCUUCUUGUUGUUAUAUGAAACUUAGAUUCUCAUUUAUAAUGUAAUCAUUCAACAUAUCCGUCUCUUAAACUCAAUGCAUAGUCAAAUGUCCUGAUGAGAAUAAACUUCUAUUCUACUUGCAAUAUUUUGCAAGUCUGGCACAGAACAUGUUCAUCUUUUUCUCUUUUCAUUUAUCAGAUAAAUGUAUAACCAAAAAACAACAACAAAAAAUGCUUAUAGUAGAUAUGUUUCAAAACCACUUGAUUAUAAAGUAUGAAGGAAUUCACAUACUUUGAAAAUUGAACUUUAUCUUUGAAGAAUCUUGGUGCAAAUGGGAUUUCUUUUAGGCUAUCUUUGUUUUAAUAUAUGGUUGUAUCUUACAUGCUUUUAAUGCUGAGUUGAUCAUCUUGUAUUUGUAAUUAGAAAAUAGCAAACAAUGUAAUUGAUAUAACAGAAUCAAAGAGGUAAAAAGAGAGAAAUUUAUAAUGUGUGGUGAAAUUUUUCAAUCGGUGAAAUGCAAUGAUCAGUGUUUGAUUAAACAUCAGAAUUCAACAUUUUUACUGUGUCAGUAUAUCGAGAGGGAAUGAAAAAUACACUAGUUUAUCAUCAAUUACUUAUACAAAUUCUCAAGAUUACUAAUUAAUUCUGACAAAUGAUUCUAUUAAAAUGUUUUCACAAUAAGAAUUCAUUUAAUUCUCAUCUGCUAUUGUACUAUGAAGAUUAAUUUAGGGUUGAGAAACAGAAGGACUUUAGAACUACAAAUCAGAUAUUAUCAAAGUGACUUUUGGACAUUUUCUGUCGAGCAAAUAUGAGAUGUCAAUGGCCAAGUCUUAUUUUUGAUUUGUAAAGUUUAUAGGCAAUAGAGAAGUUGAGUUGAGUCGAGACUUUAUGGUUUUCAAGAUAUGUGUGCGUUACUGAUUAUUUUGGUACCAUGAAAGAUUUUGUAAGAUCCUUCUGCUUUUCAACCUUGUUUCUUUUUUUAAUCAUGUAUAUCUGGAUUUGUUAAUUUUCAAAGAAUCAUAAUCACAUCCCAGUUCAAAAGCAAACAUGUGCAUUAUUUUUCAGUGAAUGUAUUUUUCUUACCGGUUACUAAUGAGUUGAACCAUAGAAAUAAGAAUAGAUAUUGCCUGUGUAUAUUACCAUCUUAAUGAGCAUGUUCAGUUGAGGGUCCCACAACAUUUGCUCCGGCGACAAUUGGUCCACUGCUGAUUCCACUCACUAAUAGAAGGACAAACUUCAACCCUGUAUUUAACAAUAUACCCUAUCCUAAACAUAACAUAAAACCCCAUUGCAACCCUAACCCUAUAUCUUAGACGAAAUAAAGCCCGGAGAAAUUGUCGCCGGAGCAAAUGUCGUGUCACCUUGCUGAGAUCAUUGAGUCAUAUGCCCAAGAGGCUAGCUAGGAUGUAUGGAUAUUGUAUAUUUUACUGUAAUUAAAGCGUGAUCGAUGGGUUAGGACGACUUGCAUUUAGUGUGGUAUUUUGCAUUCCAUUAUUUUUACAAUUCCUUGAAUAAAAGUCAUAAUAUGUA